CGCAUGCUCGGCGCCCAAAGCCCGGCCAGGACCCGCGCGUCCCCGAGCAUCUGCCUCUGGUCCUUCUCCCAGGUCUGGGCGUCCCGCGCCCCGCCAUGACGGCGCACUCCUUUGCCCUCCCGGUCAUCAUCUUCACCACGUUCUGGGGCCUCAUCGGCAUCGCCGGGCCCUGGUUCGUGCCGAAAGGACCCAACCGCGGGGUGAUCAUCACCAUGCUGGUAGCCACUGCUGUGUGCUGCUACCUCUUCUGGCUCAUCGCCAUCCUGGCCCAGCUGAACCCCCUGUUUGGGCCGCAGCUGAAGAACGAGACCAUCUGGUACGUGCGCUUCCUCUGGGAGUGACCGCCGCCGCUUCAGCCCAGGUGCCCCAGCUCUCUGGAUGACCUCGGCUCGACUGUCCCUGAAGACCCCUGUGUCCCCACCCCCACAGCUGUGUCCUGGCCCCUCUGCGCUCCCUCCCCAGGGCCUGCCUGGCUCCUGCAGGCACCCCUGUCCCCAGCCGGUCCAGCCUGAGCUGCGCUGGGCUGGAGCCGAGAGACCCCGCCCUCACACUCCCACAGCACCUCCCCAAGUGGGACCUGGCCAGGAGUUGACAAGGGGGCGUCUGCCCACGGAAGGCCCUGUGUCCUUCAGAGAAGGGGACCAGGACGAGUGGGAGCCCGGGUGGGAGUCGGGGAGCAGCCGCCAGCUCUGCCCUUUUCUGCUGUGCGGCCCCAGGCAGGAAGCCCCUCCGCCUCCAGGGCCGCCUCGCCUGGGGGGUGCAGGGCAGAGCGCCUUCUGAGUGUGGCGGGGGCCUUUCCUGGAUUCUUUAAUUUUCUGAAAAUGUUGAAGUAAUGGGAAAACACUCACACCAAAAAACAUGCUAAUGUGGGUCCAAGUAGAAACCUGUAUGUUUAGUAUCCUUUAUAGUUGCACAGUCACUGGCCCCCUCAGACUACCCUGUUCCACUCUCCUCCUGUACCUGCUGCUGCGCCCUGCCCCCACCCCCACCCACCCAAGGCAGCUCCCAUGCACCGUCUGGACUCCACGAGGCUGCAGUGAGGGCAGCUUGCCAGGCCCCUCACAGCAGCAUGUGGCAGCAUGUAGGUCAUCUGAGCUGGGGAGAGCGAAGAGAGACAGGUGUGGGCAAGGUUUGGGCAGCUCCUGAGGCCAGCGCCAGGCUGGCUGUGCUGGCCUCAGGCCAGAGGGGUCCUGGGUCCCGGGUCCCCCGGCCCAUGCCCUCGCCUCUCAGGAGAGCAGAGACUGCAGUCUGAGAUGCUUGCCCUUGGUCCCAGAGCUAACUGGGGUCCCCUCUCUGCCACUCGGCCUCCCCGGAGGAAGAAGCCAAUCUUGCCUAUUUAUUGACUAUUUAUUUGAUAGGCCUUCCUCCCACUCAGCGGGCGCUGUUUGGGACCGGUGGUAGAGUGGGAGGCGUCUCACCUGGAUUUCUUGGUCUGGGCUUGGCCCAUUGCUCAGAGCUCAGGCCGGGGCCUCCCCUGACACCCCACCAUCUCCCUUUUGGACUUCCCGCCUGUCCUGGCCUCCGUGGCCCUGCUGGAGCGGGGGUGUUGUGUGGGGGCUGUACAGGAAACCCGGUCCAUGUCUAGAGACUCUGGAGUGGCAGGAAAUCACUGCUGGGUGGCAGACUCCUGGCUGAGGCCCAGUUUGCUGGCUGCCCCUCCCCCGCCUGCCUGACUCCCGUGUCCUCAGUGUAGAGGCUGGGGACACGAACGGGGGCUGGCAGCUGCUCAGAGCUGCAGCCCUGGGACAUGGACAUGGAAGCACAUUUUCCCGAGGCCUGAAGGAAAGGGCAGCCAUCCAGGAUUCCACCAGAACCAGGAGGAAGAGGAGGCGGAAGGACUGGCGCAGGUGGAACCUCCACCACCACUCACCUGUUCCCCUGAUCACAGAGUGAGCAGCCCCUGGGCUGGGCAAUAAAGCAGGUCCCCACCCUCUC